CUAUCAUAUACAUACUGACGAGGUGAUGUACAAGCUCAUGUUGGUGAUCUGCUUCGAGAUGUACUUCACCACGAGAACAGUUCUGCGGCUGCUGAUCAAGAAGGAAGACAUGACUGACUUCAUCUAUAUCUGCAAAACGCUGUCGAAAUGCAUGCUAAUGCUGCGUCACGUCCUCGUGUACUUGCUGCUCGGGGUGCUGGGCCAGUGGGCGACGGAGCGGUUCCGGCAGGUCACCAGUCUGGCCGACACCAUACAUGACAUGGAUCUUGGAGAGCAGCUAACCCUGCAGACUUGGCAGAUGGGGAGACUUGCAGCAGUAUGCGUCGGCAAACUGCAGACGACAGCCUUCUCCAUAGACGGCCAGCUGCCGCUGAAGACCGCGUCCACUGUCAUAUCCACCGUCAUCCUCAUCAUGCAGUUCGGAAUAUCCCUGGAAUGAAUAUUGAGGACAUACCUACUUCUUAUUCUAUUCGAGUGUGUUCUUGCUGUUAUCAGUUUCAAAUUCGCCUAAAUUUAACAUUACUUUUACGAAUACCUACCGACAUCUGGUGGUUCCAUAUACACUAAUGAACUCAAACUGUCAACCAAUGUCCAGGUUUCCUCACGAUGUUCUCCUUCACCGGAAGCAAGUUACAGUACCAAGAUCUUUCGUGUGUCGUAUUCGUUUCACUAUUAGUUACACGGUUAAAUAGAUUCAACAAAAAAUCCAAUUAGUUUUUCUUUUAUGGUGUCCCACUGUUUGUUAAACAAUUAUUGGAUUAUUUUAACAGGUUUUAUUUAAUAAUUAGUUAUUUUAACAAAAUCCGAUGAGGCCAUAAGAAUCAAAAUAGGCAAUAUUAACGUAGCUGCUGCACCCACGUAAUCUUCUCUGUAUGACCCAAAGGUUAGAUAAUGCUCUUAACAUUAAGUCCGUCUCUUGUACGGUGUUUUGUGUCUCGUUUAUUGUAUUUUGUGCACAAAAUAAAGUAUUUUCAUAAAUAAAAUA